UUGGACAUAAAAUUAGUUUUAGAAUGUUUACCUUGGCAAUUUGACUGUCAAUUUGGUUCACCACGAUGCAUUGCACAGUAUAAAGUUAAUGAUGGGGCGAUUGAUUGUGCAUCGGGAUUCGAUGAAGGUUGCCCACCACACAAUUUCGUCUGUGCUGAUAAAAGUGCAUGCGUAGAGUUGUCGAAAUAUCAAGACGGAGUUGCUCACUGCAAAGACAAAUCGGAUGAACCAUGCCCUGCAGGUCAUUUUUUAUGUAAUGAUCACUCGAAAUGCAUUAGUGGUGAUCAAUUUCAAAAUGGCAUCGAAGAUUGCAAAGAUGGUUCUGAUGAAGAAUGCACUGUGACUCAGUUCGAAUGUAAAUGUGGAUCACCAAGGUGUAUUGAUGGUAACAUGGUAAAGGAUGGAAAAAAUGACUGUGAAGGUGGAUCUGAUGAGAAACCACUGGAUGUAUGUCCUGGUGGUAAAAAAGCAAGGAAAUCAAUAAACAGUAACAAAUUUCAGCGACCACUGAAUUCGAAAUCUUUUACUCAGUGCAAAACGAAUCAUGGAUGUCGAGAAAACCUUGGAGAAAUUUGUAUGAUGGUCGGAGGUGCAUCACACUGUGUCUGCAAGAAAGGUACAAUUCGUCCAAAAGGUUCGACUAGAUGUGUUCCCGAACAACUUCUGCAACAAUAUAUCAAUAAUAUUAUCGCUAAUUGCUCACUUAUACAAAAUGAAUUGAUCGAAGCUUAUGGAAAACAAGUUAAAUCAAAUGAAGGUAAAGUACAAUUUAAAGAGGAGGAAUGCAAUCCGAAGAAGCCAAAUGCAUGCAAAGGUCAUGGAGAGAUUUGUGUGAUAGAUGCAAAUGGUCGUUCACGAUGUCGAUGCGCAAAUAAUGGUACAAGAUCUGGUGGUAUUUGUUUAGUAAAUGAAUGUGCAAAUCCUAAUUUGAAUGACUGCGAUCCAAAUGCGUCGUGUACGGAUAGUGAAUUGUCGUAUGAAUGUUUCUGUAAUGAAGGAUAUAUCGAUGUUUCUUCGUUGCCUACCACCAGACCUGGAAUUAAAUGCGUCAAAUUGGUAAACGAAUGUGCAUUAAGUUUCAAAAACAAUUGCGACAAGAAUGCAGACUGUAUUGAUAAACCAAUUGGAUAUACUUGUCGUUGUAAAAAUGGUUAUGUUGAUAUUUCAGAAGGUGGAGCUAGAGAUCCGGGAAGAAAAUGCCAAAAAUUAGUCGAUGAGUGCAAAACGAAAUUAGCAGAUUGCGAUCCACUUGCACGAUGCACCGAUUUAGUUGUUGGCUAUCAGUGCAAAUGUAAGGAUGGAUAUUUAGAUGUUUCGAAUGAUCCGAUCAAUAAACCUGGAAGGAUUUGCGCACUACGUAAUUUUACACUUAAAUCAUCAAUUAAUUAUUUUAAAAGAUUUUUAAAAUUUGAUAUAAGUAAAAUUUAUUUAUAUUUAAAAUUUAUUUAUAUCCAAUAUUGUAAAUUGGCAAAAUUUUUAUUCUAUUUUUUUAAAUUUUUUAAAAGACAAACCUUUGUCAGAUAUUCUUCUUUUUCUAACAACUAUCUUUUCUUCUUUUUUUAA